AUGCGGGUGUUUUGUGAGACGAUCCUCAACUCCGACGGCAGCAGCAGCAGCAGCAGCAGCAGCAGCAGCAGUGCGGAGCAGCAAGUGCAGCUGCGAGCGAGCUUUUCAGUGUAUUUGAUGGCUGUCUUGUGUCUAUUCGGAAGCAUCUCAUCGUCUUGCUUCGCCGGAGUAGGGCUGUAUACUCUGCCUGCUGCUCUUCUCGCAAGCUUCAAACAAAACGCUAAACCACUCUCCUUGCCCGAGUUCCAUGAGCUGCGGCGUGAAUUGGGUGCGAAGGCUCACAAGCUGCACGCAGUGGGUUCUUUGCUGCUGCAGCAGCAGCAGCAGCAGCUGCAGCAGCAGCAACAGCAGCAGGCACAAAAGGGGACGUCGUCAGCAGCAGGCAGCAGCAGCAGCAGCAGCAGCAGCAGCAAAGGAGGGGGCGGGAAGGUGGGUUGGGGUAUCGGUCGUUACUGGCGUCAGCAGCAGCAGCAGCAGCAGCAGCAGCAGCAGCAACGUUGUUUUAAGUUGGCUGUACAUGUACUGGAGACGGAGUACAGACAGCUGGUGAAGCAGCAGCAGCAGCAGCAGCAUUUGCUGCGCCGCUGCAUCUCUAUCUCUUUCGGCUGUCUUGCUGCUCUCUUGUCUGCUCUUUGGCUUGCGCAAAUCUUUUUCGUGUUUGUUCUGCCGCUGAUUUUAAACAAAACCGCAAAAGAGGGUUUUACAUUCAUCGAUGGGUUGCUGCAGUUGUUUUGUUGUUUCUCCAUCCACCCCCUCAAGCGCGACGCCACGCGUUUAAACUCCCUUUUGUUUAAUGUCGGCCUCAUCUGCAUUUCUUCUUGCGGGGCUGUCCUCUUCUCCUACAAUUCCUUCAGCGAAUACGCGCGGGGGACGGAGGCUGCGCUGUGCUUUGGCGUUGAGUUCAGACAUCUGCGUUUUUUCGGGCCUAUCUUUCGGUGGCACAUUUUUGAGUUUCUGCUGCUGGGGGCUUUUCUUUUAGCGUUUGUUUUUUCUCUUGUAAAGUGCUGCUGCUACAAGAAAAAGAAGCAGCAGCAAAUGACUACAGUCUCACCCAUACCUCCUCUGCUGCAGCGGCUGUUAGAUAAAGCAGCAGCAGCUGGACCCAGCAGUGCUGCUGCUGCAGCAGGAGCGAAUGCUGAGGGAGAACUGCUGCUGCAGCAGCAGCAAACUGGUGCUGCUGCUGAAGCAGCAGCAGCAGCAACAGCUUCCCCCAAGAACGCUUCCAAGGGUUUCUCGCGUAUCUUCAGAUACACGUCAAAGCAGCAGCAGCAGCAACAGCAACAGCAGAUGCUGCAGCAGCAGCAACAGCAGCAGCUCUUGUUGCUGCAGCAGCAGCAGCAACAGCAGCAACAUGAAAGCCCCUUCGCUCGACGCCGCGUUGAAUUUGCAGAAGGCCCAGGGGCAGUUCGCCCAAUUGAAAAAAUAAAAGAGGAAACAAACUUCGAAACCACAAAAAAAAAGAAAUGGGGGCUGGCGGCAGAAGGCUGA